AAGGCUGAAUGAAUUGAGGACAAUCCUUAUCAGUCAGUAGACUAUUUUCCGAAUGAAACAUCAAAGACUUUGUGUGGAUUUAGAAUCUGAAUUAGGAGGGUGAAAAUGUGAAGGGGAUUCAAUUGAAUGGUGAACUUAAUGGUUCCUUGGCUAAAAUGCACUGAAUGAGCUUGACGGCAAGCUGCAGGCUAAAACAGCAGGCUACUAUCGACAUCAAGAUGAAACGUGGGGUACAUCAAAUACCGGAGCAAAAAGUGGUGUUGUCAUUUCGAAUGGGAAGAUAACAGCGCUGAUAGAAAUCUCAUGUGGUUGUACUGCCACACAAACACUCACGCGCGUGCGCGCGGGCAGCUGGUCUGUCUUCAACCCGCGCUGUCACAGACUGACAGAGCGGGCCGACUGUUCUCAGUUGCACGCGCUCCCCUCUCGUCCUCCGUUGAUAUCAAGCGUUCCUCUGCCUUCCUUAUUAUUUAUUUAUGAGUAGCCUAACUUAGAAAAAGAAACAGAGAGGCAGCAACCGGAUUGCAAUACCAGCGUAAUGCAGGAAAAUAACAAGUCCAAGGAAAGAGGGGGAAACGGAAAAAAAGACGGGGAAAGAGAGAGAAAAUUCUGUUUUUCUGACGUGCGGACGUUUCUCCUCUCUUCCUUUAUUAUAUAAUAUUUACAGCAUGUCUUUUCUUUGUUUGUUUCAACUUAAAGAGAGAAAACAACAACAUCAGGUGGACUUCAGUAUUUAAAACAAAUCAACUCCAAGACAAGCCACGAGUGAGGAAAGAAAACGAGCGAUGCUUCCUCGUCUUCUCUCUUAUUCUCUCCCCUCCUCUUCUUUUCUCUUCUCUCCUCGCUUUUCUUUCGAAGCAACACAAUGGAGUAUUUGUGUCUACUUGGUCGAUGGAUGUGCAACUACUUUAUACCCAGGAGAAUUCGCCCAUCUCCUUUUUUCACCGGGAGAUUUCUCCCGCUGUUGGUUUUCCUCCAUGGCUUCGUUUUCCAUCCCGACCCGUGCCUCUCCCACCCCCAGCCAUGUCACAUCCUGGCUCGGAUCGGACACACGGUUCGUCUCGGUGCUCUGCUUCCCACCGUACAACCAGCCAGGGUACAGAACGCUCUGAACAGAGCGUUGACCAGCCUGAAGCACCGGGCUGGAGAAGGCAACCCGCCUCUUCUGCCCUACAACCUCACCCUGGAGGUGGUGUCUCGGUCCCCGUCUGGUGGCGACCCUGUCUCCUUGUCCAGGUGUGUGUGUCAGGAGCUGGUUGUGCGAGGGGUGACAGGUGUCCUGGCCUUCCCUCGUUCACCAGAGGAGCUCAUCCACAUCGACUUCCUGUCCUCCUUCCUGGAAAUACCUUUUAUAUCACUACUGGAGGAUCUAGAACCACUCGGAGUUAAGAACCGGUUCCAUCUCCAAAUGUCAGUUCGUGUUCCACCCUCUCGCCUGGCCAACCUUCUGCUCUCUGUUCUCCAGGGGGUAGAGGGGGAGACAGAGGGUGAAGGGAGAAGAGAGGGGGGAGGCAGGGGUCAGGAAGGGGAUAGAGGGGGAGUCGCUGUGGUGUGUCCUGGAUGGGAGGAGAGGGGGGAGGGACUACUGAAACAUCUAGAGACACAGGAAGGAACAAGCUGGAAUCUACUGGAUAUCAUCAACCUUACACAUAUAGGAGGAGAUGAGAGGAGGGAGGAGAGAGGGAAGGAGGGGAGGAGGGAGGAGAGAGGGAAGGAGGAGAGGAGGGAGGAGAGAGGGAAGGGGGAGAGGAGGGAGGAGAGAGGGGAGGAGGGAAGAGGGGCUGAGAGAAGUGAAGAAACAAGUGAUGAGACCAGAGAAGACAAAAGGGAAGCUGAGGUCUUGUCUCUCCUCUCCCGUCGUCUUCUUCUCUCCGCCUCUCCUCUUUCCUCCGUGGUCAUCCUUGGUUCCGACCCAGAAUGUCUCUCUUCUGUCCUCCGCUGCGCCCAGCAUCUCGCUCCCUCGCUCCCCGCACUGCAGUGGAUUAUGGGUAACCCUCUGUCACCUGACUCUCUCCUCUCGCUGGGCGGGCCCCUCGGCCUAUUGGCUUAUGGAGAGGUGGGUCGUAAGCCCAUCACCUUCUACAUCCGAGACGCGCUGCGGUUGAUUGGCCAGGCGGUGACGUCGGCCAGUGAGGUGAGGCCAGACCUGGCUCUGAUCCAGAACCUGGUCAACUGUUACGACAAACCUAACAAAGAGGAAGUGCCUUCGUCUGGACAGUACCUGGCCAGGUUCCUCUCCAACAUCUCGUUCCAGGGUUCUACGGGUGCGGUCCGCGUGGCACCUGCUCUCUCCCAGGUCCUCUCCUCCCAGCUCUACCACGUGUGGAGCUUGAAGAGAGGUCCUCUUGGCCAGCCGUCCUGGGUCACCGUGGCCCACUGGACCACCGGGCGCCUACAGCUGGACGAGGGGGUGUUGGGGCUGGGGGUCGGCGCUGGCCUGGGGCUAGGCCCGGGGAGGAGGACAGGGUCCGGGUCUGGGUUAGGGGUCCAGAGAGGGGAUAGGGACAGAGACAACAGUCCUGGAGGGAGAUGGAGGCCGGGGCUACAGAUGGCGGGCCGGAGAUUAAGGUUCGUGACCCUGGUGGAGCAUCCCUUCGUGUUCACUAGAGAGGUGGAUGAGGAUGGGCUGUGUCCCGCUGGUCAGCUGUGUCUGGACCCGAGGACUAACCGCUCAGAUCUACUGGACUCACUGUUCAGUCACCUGCACCAGACCAAUACAACUACUACCACUACUGACCACAACCCAACAGAGGACCUGCGGAAGUGUUGCUAUGGUUACGUUAUUGACCUGUUGGAGAAGCUGUCGGAGGACCUGAAGUUCACCUUUGACCUGUACAUCGUGGGAGAUGGGAAGUACGGAGCGAUGAGCAGCACUGGGAGGUGGACCGGUCUGGUGGGAGACCUGCUGAGUGGAACAGCAGACAUGGCUGUGACAUCAUUCUCCAUCAACUCAGCCAGGAGCAGAGUUAUAGACUUCACCUCUCCAUUCUACUCUACCUCUCUGGGGAUACUGGUGCGUAGCCAGGACACAUCAGCCCCAAUUGGGGCCUUCAUGUGGCCUCUCCAUUGGUCCAUGUGGGUGGGCAUCUUCGUCACUCUUCAUCUUACCGCACUUUUCCUCACCGUCUAUGAGUGGAACAGUCCCUUUGGUAUGACUCCUCAUGGGAGGAACAGACUCAGAGUGUUCUCCUACUCCUCAGCCCUCAACCUCUGCUACGCCAUCCUGUUUGGACGCACUGUCGCUACUAAGACUCCUAAGUGUUGGACCAGUAGGUUCCUGAUGAACCUGUGGGCUAUCUUCUGUCUGCUGGUGUUGUCCAGUUAUACAGCUAACCUGGCUGCUGUCAUGGUGGGGGAGAAAACCUUUGAACAGGUGUCUGGGAUUCAUGACGAGAAGCUGCACCACCCAUCCCGUGGGUUCAGGUUUGGGACAGUCAGAGAGAGCUCUGCAGAGGACUACAUGAGGAAGAGUUUCUCUGCCAUGCAUGACUACAUGAGACGUUACAACCAACCCACCACACCAGACGGAGUGGACAUGUUAAAGACAGAUCCUCCCCUACUAGAUGCCUUCAUCAUGGAUAAAGCUCUAUUGGACUACGAGGUCUCCAUCGAUGCUGAGUGUAAACUAGCGACUGUGGGCAAGCCUUUCGCUAUAGAGGGGUAUGGUAUAGGUGUUGCCCAAGGCUCUCCUCUCACUGCCAACGUGUCUGAAUUCAUCAGUCGCUACAAGUCAGAAGGGUACAUGGACAUAUUACAUGAGAAAUGGUACAAGGUGGUGCCAUGUGGGAAGCGAGUAUUCACUAACACUGAGAAUUUAUCGAUGGGGAUAGAUCAUUUCUCAGGCCUGUUUGUGAUGUUGUGUGUGGGGGUGGUUGGAGCCAUCUUUACCUUGGUAGCUGAACACACCUUCUAUCACCUAGCCCUGCCCCGGCUACGACGGUCACACACACUCACCUACUGGUUGCAUACCAGCCAGAAGAUCCAUCGAGCCCUGAACACCCCUUACGAGGACGUAGGGAAAGAGUUGAUUGGCCUGGACGACAAUCCCGCCCCUUGUGUCUCUGACAGCUGCAGCCUCCACAGACACCAGCAGCCUCGCCCUCCCCUGUCUUCCCCCCUGCCUGCCCCCCCUCCUCCUCAGCCCUCCUCUCCUGCCCGGGACAUCAAGGAGAACAAGAGGGUCCACUUUGAUCUGGAGAGUCUACACAGCUACCGUCUACACACACACACCGCCUCGUUCUGGGGACGUCCUGGCAUGGUGGGGCGACAUGGCCUGGGAGGGUGUCUGGGUGGUUUAGCUCCUCCUCAGGUUAGCCUGCAUGCUAACGGUGGCCCAGCAUCGGCCCUAGCCUCCCCCGGCCUGGCCCUGCCUCCCGUGGGGAACCCAGGCAGCCAGGUCUUCCUGUGGGAGGGAGAGCUCCAGGAGGUCCAGGGGAGGAUCGAGACGUUCACAGCCCAGCUGAGAGACGCCGUGGCCAGGAAGGCUGAGAUACAGACCUGCCUGGAGAACCAUAAAAUGAACCAGAGCACAGCUACUGCUGUCAAACUGGAGAAAGACAAGGGUGGCCAGUCACAAAGCCUGGAGAGAGUGAGAACCAACGCAGAGAAAGAUAGAACCAAGGAAGAGAAAGAGGAGAUCAACCAGGAGAAAGGGAUGAGUGGCAGAUCAAACCUCUGUAGCAGCCUGGACAGAAACAGAGACAGAGAUAGGACAAACAGGGACAGUUCCACUGUGAGACAAACAGCCAGACAGGACACAGACAGGGACAGACUGUUACACCAAUCAGAAACUGAGAAAGACAGAGACGACCAAUCAAAAAGCCUGGACGGAAAUGGGAGCAGCCAAUCACAUGCCUCCAACAUUCUGCAGACAGGGAGGAACAGCCAAUCAGAAGCUCUGAACAUCCUACAGAGGAGGAGAGAGAUCCAAUCAAAAACCUCUGCCAGCCUGGACAGAGGGACAACCAACCAAUCAGGUGCUGUCAAUACACUGCAGGGAGAAAGAACUGUCCAAUCACGUAACUCCACCAGUCUGGAGAGAGGAAGAGUCAGGCAAUCAGGUGCAGUGAAAGACCAGGAAAGGGGGAGAACUGUCCAAACACGGACAGGGGCUAGUCUGGACAGACUGAGAGCUAGCCAAUCCAGUGCCGGCACUGGGAAUCUGGUUAGAGAACGUCCCGCCCCCGUGGACACCCAGAAGAGUUUGUGUUAGUCGUUUGAUUGGUUAUUUAUUAGAACACAAAAGACCAAUCAGAGGGCUGGAAAAGAAUUGAACAGGUCCAAAUGAUUUACAAGGCAGCGGAUGAAGUAAAAAAUAUCAGAGAGUUUUAAUAAACAAUGACAGAGAUGUAGGCCUGGUCCAUUUGCCUCUGAUGUCAACGGCUGCUGUCUGUUAAACAAAUGUCUGAUCAGAACUUUACCCAUCUACUGUUUGUCUCCACUAGGUGUGUUUCCUUUUUGUUUCUACUACUAAUACCUCUCUCUCUUCAUCUCUUACCCCUGGGUUGUAUUCACUAGGAACCAAACAGAAGCAAACAGAACCAAACGGGAAGGGACCUACCUGAAUUUGUCCAAUAGAAUCUCUUGUUUUCAUUGCGGAAAGUUUUUUUGUUUGGAGUGAACGGUUUCCGUUGCAAUGGUUUGUGACUAAUGUAUACACCCCAGGUCUGUAGUCAGCUCUGACUGGUUCCUUCAAGGUACACAUGGGGCUCCUAAAUGUUCAGUCAAGUGCUAUCUCUACCCAACCCGGGUAAGAAUCGGCUAUCCCAGAGGGCAAACUACACGUGUCCACUGUCAUCCUGACUGAUCCUCUAUAAGGACCUUGAGUUGGUUUGAUACUAUGCAGUUGAAAUUAAUUUACUUUGAUGGAAUUUGUAUGUUGGAUGUCAUGGUGGUGUCAAAUGUAACUAUACAGUAACAAUAGUCGAACCUGGAAGUGAAUGAAAAAGGUGGGCGUGGAAAGAGAAAAGGCGGUUGUAUUUGAGCCUAUAGCAGGUGUUUUAGAAGAGAUGCAGGUUGCUAGGUUACCUGUAGAGGACUGAGGAGUGUUGUAGAUAUGUUGUUCUGGUGUUGAUGGGUCGUGCUCGGUGUCCCAUAAUGCUGCCUAUAACAACAGCUAUAUGUCUCAUUCUCACACACAACAGAAUUGUAUAAGCAUAUUAUUGGGACUCAUAUCAUGUUGUUGUAUAUCAUUUCCAUAUUUUGAAAUUAAACAUUUAAAUACUG